UGUUGCUCCCAGAGUACCAGAGAAAAAGAGAGAGGGUGUGACUUGUGAGCUUGUGCUUGGCGGUGCCGCGGCCGAGGCACCGGGAGGGAGACAACGCUCUCACCGUUAGGCGCCAGCAUGCAGAUGGCCUUCCGCUUCCUGCUCUCCCCGCCGACCCCUCCGCUUCCCAAUAACCCUGCCGCGGCAGCCUCCGCCUCGUCGUCCUCGUACCUAGUGCCCGCGCAACACCGCCGCCCGCCGGAACCUCGCCGCCGCUGCCGCUGCGGCCGCUCGCCGGAGGUAACCUCCAGCAGCGGCGACAGCGGCUCCGGUGACCGCGAAUUGUACGAAGAGGAGGAUUCCGCCACCGCCGCUGGCCGCCCCGUCGAACCUGACGGCGGCACCGUCUCCGGGGACCGUGAAAUUGGAAGUGCGGCACCACCAAGAUAUCAGGCAACUUCAACUGAAGGGGACAACAGCACGAAUGGAAAUUUAGAGGGAUUGCAAAAGAAUCAAUUGGGCACAAAUGGUUUCUCCAGUAGCAUGUCCAAGUCAGGUUACUCCAAAGCAUUUGAGGUGGAUUUGUCCCCUGAUAACGUGGCUGUUGCCACUGUUUAUUUUGUGCAAGGAGUUUUAGGUCUUUCCAGACUUGCUGUCAGCUUUUACUUAAAAGAUAAUCUUCAGCUUGAUCCAGCAGAGACUGCAGUUAUAUAUGGUUUCUCAGCUUUGCCAUGGUUGGUCAAGCCUCUUUAUGGUUUUAUCAGUGAUUCGAUCCCUCUCUUUGGGUAUCGAAGAAGGUCGUAUCUUAUUCUAUCAGGACUCCUAGGAGCAAUUUCGUGGAGUUUGAUGGCAACAAUUGUGGAUGAUAAAUACAGUGCAACGCUCGCUAUUAUUCUUGGAUCUCUUGCAGUUGCCUUUGCUGAUGUUGUGGUUGAUUCUAUGGUUGUUGAGAGAGCUCGAGGUGAGUCACAGAGUACAUCUGGAUCUCUUCAGUCACUAUGCUGGGGAUCCUCAGCCUUUGGAGGAGUUGUGAGUGCAUACUUCAGUGGUUCUCUAGUGGAUACUUAUGGUGUAAGAUUUGUCUUUGGUGUUACGGCAUUUUUACCCUUGAUGACAUCUGCUGUUGCAGUUCUUGUAAACGAACAACGUUUGCCUUCAAGGGAACGUUCCAUCUCUGUUUCAGGUUCAGGACUGAUUGAAAGCUCUAAGCAGCAGAUAAUGCAGAUUUGGUCUGCAGUAAAGCAACCCAACAUUUUCUUGCCCACCUUGUUCAUAUUCCUUUGGCAAGCAACGCCGCAAUCGGAUUCUGCCAUGUUUUACUUUGUCACGAAUAAGAUCGGGUUCACUCCAGAGUUUCUAGGCCAUGUCACGGUUGUUACAUCUGUUGCAUCCUUACUGGGUAUAGGAAUAUACAAUUCAUUUUUGAAGGCAGUUCCACUGAGAAAGAUAUUUCUCGUGACAACAAUUCUAGGUUCUGUCCUUGGAAUGACACAGGUUCUUCUUGUCACUGGGCUCAAUAGGAAGCUUGGUAUAAGUGAUGAAUGGUUCUCCAUUGGGGAUUCCUUGAUUAUCACAGUCCUCGGUCAGGCUUCCUUCAUGCCCGUGUUGGUGUUGGCCGCGAGGCUGUGCCCUAUGGGGGUGGAAGCGACGCUGUUCGCCACUCUGAUGUCCAUCUCCAACGCAGGAGGCGUCGCGGGCGGUCUGGUGGGCGCGGUCCUGACGCAGCUCCUGGGCGUCACCAAGGACAGCUUCGACAACCUGGCUCUGUUGAUCGUCGUCUGCAACCUCAGCUCUCUGCUGCCUCUGCCUCUCCUGGGCCUUCUCCCGGACGAAUCACCCGAUGCCGAGGCAAAAGUCGACUGAGGGUCGGAGUUUCUUGGAGGGAUUCAGACUCGUACAUAGCAAAUCUUUACAUGAACUCGUCCAUCAGGAGAUAGGAUCGGGACACAAACUUUAGCUGAUUCGUAGUAUAGCGGGAUGCCAUCUCUCUGUAGUUUUUUUUUGGCGGGAAUAUAGUUUUUGUUUUGAAUUGAUACCUUGAGAAUGAACACAAAUGUAGCAAGUCGUAAUAGUUCAAUCCAACACCGGAUUAAAAAGUAGUGGCAACAAAACAUUCUUGUUUUGUUCGCUCCACAACGAAACAGUACGUACCCCUGCAACAAGUACUGUAAUGUUUGUUUU